UGAGGCCCCCUUUGCUUUGUAUGGAAGCGGUCAGCAUCACCAGCCGGGAGCCGAGCUGAUGGUGUGUUCAAGUGCGAAAAUGAAAAACGUUYUGCUGAUGACACUGCUGCUGCUGAAUGUACGUCCAGGUACAUCAACACCUAAAGGUGUCACUGCCAGCCUUAAAGCCAAAUGGAGCACGACACCUUUCCUUCUGGAAACCAGUGAGUUUAUUGGAGAAGACGGGAAUGAGAAAUUCUGGCAGUUUGUUGAAACAGUGAAAGAACUCACUGUUUACAAGCAGGGAGAAUCUGUCCGCUCUUACUACAACUUGAUCAUUAAGAAGGCGGGCCAGUUCCUGACAGAUCUGCAAGUAAAUCUGCUCAGAUUUGCUCUKUCUAUGAGGUCCUACUCACCUGCUGUUCACUCAUUCCAGCAGAUAGCCAGUGAUGAACCUCCGCCUGAGGCUUGUCCUGCCUUUGUCUCCGUCCACGGUGAACGGAGCUGCAGCGCCAAGGACAUCAAGAAKCUUCUUAAAGCUGCUGCAGGCAGGCCCAAACCGUAUUUGUACAAGAACGAUCACACUUAUCCGGGAGUCAAUAAAACAGACACGCCUGUUGUGAUCCUGUAUGCUGAAAUUGGAACCAAGAGGUUCAGCUCUUUUCAUAAAGUGCUGUCAGAGAAGGCAGAAGAAGGUGCUCUUAUAUACGUUCUGCGGCAUUUUGUAGCGGAUCCAAAGCCUCAGAAGAUCCUUUUAUCAGGGUAUGGUGUAGAGUUGGCUAUCAAAAGCACAGAAUACAAAGCUGUGGAUGAUACCAAAGUAAAAGAUUCAAAGACAGUCCUCAAUACUGAGGAGGAUGAUAAUGAUGAAGUUCAAGGAUUCAAUUUUGCUAAAUUGAAAAAAUCCCACCCUGAGCUUCGGGAACAACUUGGUGAGCUCCGUAAACAUCUCCUGGAGAGUACCAACGACAUGGCUCCUCUUAAAGUGUGGGAAAUGCAAGAUCUAAGUUUCCAGGCUGCUGCCAGGAUCAUGUCUGUGCCGAAGUUUGAUGCUUUGAAGGUCAUGCGAGACCUCAGCCAGAACUUUCCAAGCAAAGCAAGAUCACUGACAAGAGUGGCUGUAAAGAAGGAAAUGAGAAAAGAAAUUGAGGAGAACCAAAAGCGCCUUGGUGAGACGGUUGGUGUUCACCCGGGCUACGGAGAGCUCUUUAUCAAUGGCUUGCACAUUGAUCUGGACAUUCACAACCCUUUCAGCAUUUUGGACAUCCUCAGAACAGAGGCCAGGAUCUUGGAGGGACUCCAUAACUUAGGCAUUAAAGGAGAGCAUCAGGGCAAGCUGCUGAGAUUACCAGUGAACAGUGUGGAUGACAGCUAUGCCUUAGACAUCAGACAUCCAGCCAUAAUGUGGAUGAAUGACAUUGAAAAUGACCCAAUAUACAGGAGCUGGCCUGCGAGCGUGCAGGAGCUUCUCAGAGCCACCUUUCCUGGAGUCAUCCGACAGAUCAGACGGAAUUUCUUUAAUCUGGUGCUGUUUCUAGAUCCUCUACAGGAAGAAACCGUGGAGUUGGUGAAGCUAGGGGAACUCUUCUACAAACAUAAAAUCCCUCUGAGAAUUGGAUUUGUGUUUGUUGUCAACACCAAAGAUGAGAUUGAUGGGCUCUCAGAUGCUGGAGUUGGAUUUUACAGACUGCUGAAUUACAUUGCAGACGAGUAUGAUUUAUCCCAGGCUGUGAUGUCUAUAGUCUCACUAUACGGUCAAGUAGACGUGGGGGAGAGGCUGUCUGCUGAGACAAUCUCURCUUACUUGAAGAAAAAGUACCCAAAAGCAAAUGUUGAGAGGAUUUUAGGAGUWGAUUCUGUGUAUGAUUAUAAAAGAAAGGACGGUUCUCUCUUUUACAAAACAAGUGGCCUGGGUGCCCUGCCUCUGGCUUUAUUUAAUGGAGUUCCUCUUAACCCAGACGAAAUGGACCCGGAGGAUUUGGAAACCAUAAUCCUGCAGCGCAUAAUGGAUACUACCACUGCCUUUCAGAGAGCUGCCUUCAUGGGUCAGCUAACUGACAGCUCAGAUGUGGUGGAUUAUCUAAUGGAGCAGGCGAAUGUGGUUCCCCGGAUGAACCCAGUUGUUUUAAGCACUGACCGAAAGUACCUGGACUUUACAGGCACACCAGUUGUAAAUGACUGGGAGGACACAAGUAUGUUUUCAUUCUUGGAUGCAAGAGACAAAACAGCUGUGAUUUCUAAAAGACUAAAGUAUUUCACUAAUAGCGAUGCGGAUGGCAUGACUCCUGUAACCAUGUGGAUAGUUGGAGAUUUUCAGAAGGUUUCUGGAAGGAAACUGUUGCUAAAUGCCCUGAAACAUGUGAAGUCCAGACCUGGGGUGCGUGUGGGGGUGAUAAAUAACCCCAGUGGAAAGCCCAACGAAGAUAACACUGUGGUGUACCGGGCUGUCUGGGCCUCUCUCCUCACCCAGAAGAAUAAGGCAGCAGCAGAAUUUGUGCAAAAACUCUUAAAAGAAGAGAGCAGCCAACUCCUCCAGCAAGGGACGAAGAUGAAGGAUUUACUGAUGCAGGGCAUGGACGUAGAUGCCUUUGAGAAAAAAUUCAACACGUUGGAAGUGGAUUUCAUCCACAGUCAGCAGCUGUUCUGUGGAGAUGUCCUGAAGCUUCGUCCUGGACUGCAGGCAGUGAUCAGCAACGGCAGAAUCCUUGGUCCUUUUGAAGAACAGGAAGAAUUCACUGUGGAGGAUUUCCACUUGCUUGAGAGGAUUACACUGAGUGGUUCAGCAGAAAAAGUCAAAGCUGAAGUAAAGCAGAUGGGGAUGAAACCAAAGCAUGCCAGUGACUUAGUCAUGAAAGUCGAUGCCCUCCUCGCAGCAGCCCCCAAAGGAGAGGUCAGAAGAGAUGUCCAAUUCAAAGAUACCCACAGUGUGCUCCACCUCUCACCGCGAGAAAAUGAGGUGUUCUACGAUGUUGUGGCCAUCGUUGACCCCCUCACCAGAGAGGCACAGAAGAUUUCCUCGCUGCUGAUCGUGCUUAGUCAAGUGGUCAACGUGAGACUGCAGGUGUUUAUGAAUUGCCGGGCCAAGUUGUCCGAGAUGCCCCUCAAGAGUUUUUACCGUUUUGUCUUGGAGCCCGAUGUGGCUUUCUUGGCGAAUGAGUCGGCGUCUCCAGGCCCAGUUGCUCGUUUCGCGGAGCUCCCAGAAUCUCCACUUCUCACCCUUAAUAUGAUCACACCAGAGAGCUGGAUGGUGCAGGCGGUGAGCAGCCCCCAUGACUUGGACAACAUUCACUUGCAGGAGGUGAACGGGGUCGUGGCAGCAGAAUUUGAACUGGAGCACCUCUUACUGGAAGGCCACUGCUUUGACCUGUCGACCGGUCAGCCUCCACGUGGACUGCAGUUUACCCUGGGCAUGAGUCAGGACCCGCUCAUGUAUGACACUAUUGUCAUGGCUAACCUGGGAUAUUUUCAACUGAAGGCCAAUCCUGGUGCGUGGACCCUGAGAUUACGUAAAGGCAGAUCAGAAGAAAUCUAUCAGAUUCUCUCGCACGAUGGGACGGAUUCCCCGGCUGAAGCUGCUGAURUUAUAGUUGUGUUAAACAGCUUCCACAGUAAGAUCAUCAAAGUCAGGGUGCAGAAAAAAACGGAGAAAAUCAAUGAAGAUCUCUUAAGCGAAACAAGUGAAAGCAAAGGAAUAUGGGACUCCUUAGUAAGUGUUUGGAGCACUUUUGAGAAAAGCAUCACAGGAGGUGGCUCGAAGAAAAAUGAUGGGGAGAAGAAGAAGGAGGAUGUUCUUAACAUAUUUUCUGUGGCCUCUGGUCAUCUGUAUGAACGUUUUCUGAGAAUAAUGAUGCUUUCUGUUCUGCGGCACACAAACACACCUGUCAAAUUCUGGUUCCUCAAGAAUUACCUCUCCCCUUCAUUCAAAGAGACCAUCUCUCACAUGGCCGAGUCAUACGGCUUUCAGUAUGAGCUGGUUCAGUACAAGUGGCCCCGCUGGCUCCACCAGCAGACCGAGAAGCAGCGGAUUAUCUGGGGAUACAAGAUCCUAUUCCUGGAUGUUCUGUUCCCAUUGGCUGUGGACAAGAUCAUUUUUGUGGACGCCGACCAGAUAGUGCGGGCUGAUUUGAAAGAGCUGAAGGAUUUAGACUUGGAGGGUGCUCCUUAUGGCUACACACCGUUUUGUGACAGCCGCAGAGAGAUGGAAGGCUACCGCUUCUGGAAAACUGGCUACUGGGCCUCACAUCUUGGACACAGGAAAUAUCAUAUCAGCGCUCUGUAUGUGGUAGAUUUAAAGAAAUUCCGUAAAAUCGCAGCCGGAGACAGAUUGCGGGGUCAGUACCAAGCCUUGAGCCAAGACCCAAACAGUCUGUCAAACUUGGACCAGGACCUUCCCAACAACAUGAUCCACCAGGUGGCCAUCAAGUCUCUCCCUCAGGAGUGGCUGUGGUGCGAGACGUGGUGCGACGACGCCUCGAAAGUCACAGCUAAGACUAUAGACCUGUGUAAUAACCCGAAGACCAAAGAGCCCAAGCUGACGGCAGCGGCAAGGAUCGUGCCCGAGUGGGUCGAGUAUGACGAGGAGAUCAAAAAGCUGCUGAGGCACAUCCAGGACGGGGCGGCACAAAAACAGACGCCCCCUCCCUCACGACACAAAAAAGCAGACAAGGGGCGUGAUGAACUUUAGAGGCUGCCAGGAUCACGCUGAAUGAGACGGAGGCAGCACCUUUUGCACACAGCCCACCUGUGAAGCUUGAAGACAGUUCCAGCUAAACAUAGCCGCAAAGUGUUAUCUCCUCAGCCAGAGGAAGAGGAUGUGAUAUUUUCAGAUCUCUGCUUCUUGCAGUCAGUAACAUCUCACCAAAUCAGCACACAAAUUAAUUGUUAACUAGCAGGCGAGCACUCGUGGUGCGCUCUGAGCUCUCAAGUCAGAUUAGGGAGUUAAAGGGGAAUUAGGAAAGCAGAAAAGGUGACAUCAAUUCACAUUUUUAGGAUGAACACUUGUAUUGUUCAGGCAAUUUUAGGCAUUUUAUUCAAUGUUUUUAUUUAUUUUUUUGUCUGAAAUACCAAAUCAGAACUUUUUUAUAUAACAAACUGCACGAAGAAGGCAGUAUGAGACUAUCAGAUGUUUAGUAAACGUCAUCCCAAGCCAGGAAGCGAUCAUGCAACCUCCACACAAAGAGGUGGCCGCACUGACCACUGUGCUAACUUUUUAACAUUUAAAGCCUUUUUUUUUGGAACAAACUAUAUUAAAGUUGAAUCCAACAUUUCUUGAAGAAAUGCAUAAAACCUGACCAUCGCUUUUUGUCCUCUGGUUUAUGAGAUUUUUUAUAUCUGACAAACAGACAACAGAACAAUGAUCUUCUGCCAUAAAAAAAGAAAAUGUAAUUUUGAUGUUUGACAGAUUUAAAAAAUGCAUUUCUAUAUAUAUAUAUUUAUCAUUAAAUAGAUAAAAUAUUUUGUUGACAAAGAUGAAAUCAGAGGUAAAGUYCAUCUAUCAGUAUUUGAUUUGGAUUGCUUCGACAUGAAAGCAAAGAUGGGAAAAUAAAAAUCUUCAUUUUCAAUCCUUCUGUUUUUUUUUCAUGGCUUGUAAGAUUUUAACUUAUUGCUUUUUUCUAUAAUAUGUGAAAUUGUCUUUUCCAUUGUCUGAUUUCUACAAAGAUUCAGUGUUUUUCACUCAGGAAUAAGAAGUGUUGCUGCUUGACUGUAGUUUUUCUGUCUUAAAGUCCAUUUGAAAAAAAUAAAUUAAAGUUGGUGCAGGCAGGCUGCUCUCAGGGCACCUGUGUUUUACUGCGCUAUGUCAACACUAAAUGUUUAUUACCAUUUGAUGGAGAAAACAGAAAUAAAUCUUUGCUACAAAAAA